GUCGUGGUAGUUUUAAAAGUAUGUAAACACUAAACUGUGUCAACAUAGUUUAAGAUUCCAUAAAUUAUAAAGUUUUUUGAAAUAUUUAUUAAAAUGAUGUGAUAUUUUAAUUUAAAUUGUUUUUAACUUAAAUAAAGUGUCGAGUCGUCUAAUAUCGUGAAAUUUACAGAGACUUUCAUUGAAUUUGGGGAAGAAUUUGGUUCAUGUGCCCCACAGUGGUAUUUACAAUAAUUAUAACUGCGAAAAGUGGGUGUUAAAUGUAUUUAUUUAUUAAUGUAUUCAAUAGAGAACGUUUAGCAUGCGGAAAAAAUGCAAUUGCCAAGUGAAAUUAUUGAAACAAUCCUUGGUUCAAUGUAUAUAUCAAGUGUUUAGAUUGUCUUGUGCACUUCUCCAUUGAAAAUGAUUAAGGAACCAACUAGGCACCGCGUUGUUAAAAAUACACCAGCUAAAAAACCGCCAGAUAAAUCAACUCGCUCUUCAACUGCAGAAAAAUCAACACCUUCACAAACCAACAGCAACAGCUCCAUAUUUAAUUCUCUUAGAAGAGUUCAAGGAGCUCUUUCGCCAGCAUUGAAAAAGAAAUCGGCGCCAAAACAAAAUGCAAAAGUUAACACAGAAACGAAAUCUGUAGAAAAAGAUACAAUCAAAGAUAAAGAUAAAAUCAAAGAAAAAGAGUCGGAUAAAGAAAGGAAGUUGUGGUUCAGGAGCUCUUCAAAAGUAAAUCUUCGCAAGGAACCGAUAAAGUCAUCAGCCACAUCACUCGCUGUCGGUAGUGGUUUACAAAAAGGGUCAUCUAGUGAAACUAAGAAAAAACGCCCUGCAACUGUUUUUUCAGAUACUAAUGUGACAUUCAGGAGAGGUCAAAAUACGAAGAUAGAAGGUCAAAAUUUAGGAGAAAAUAAUUUAUCUAGAACGUCUUCGGUGACCAAUUUAGAUGCGGAACCGAAAAGUGCAAAAGGUGCCAGACCGAGAAAAAGUUCUUCUAGAGACCGACUAGAUAAGAUAGGAGAAUCUAAGAAAAAUGACAAAAAAGGAAUUACCCGUAAUAAUAACAAACUAGAUUCUGGAGAGAAUCCCUACCCGUCUGUGGAUUCCCUCCCAGAACAGGAAUUGUCACAUUUACGAAAACAACUGCAAGAAAUGGCACAAGAGAAAAGCAACUUGGCCCUUCAGUUAGGCGAACAAAAAGGCCAAUUGAAUAUAUUACAGAAGGAGAUACAAAAAUUGAAGUGUUUUCAGGAAGAAUCUAAUAUCCAAUUGGAACAUUUAACAGAAGAAAAUACGGCACUGAGAAACAGACUGCGAGACGUCGCCCAUUCUCCUUUAUCUGACAACGAAAAACAACAACUGUUGUUUGAAUCCCACAGACAUCAUAGUUCUGCACCAGCUUCUAUAGCAACUAACAUAAUAGAUGAUGGAAAUGGCGGCGAUACAACCUGUACUACCCCCGAUUGGGACAAACAUUCUUCGAGUAAUGUUAGCGAAGUAUCCGUUGCGUGCCUUCAGGAUAAAAUAAAUCAGAUGCAAGAGACGCAUUAUAGUACUAACGAAGAAUUACAAGCUACACUACAAGAACUAACUGAUCUUCAACGACAACUUACCGAAUUACAACAAGAAAACGAACGUCUUAACGAAGAAAAGACUCUCAUGUUUGAUAGUCUUUGUCGUCAAACCGAAAGACUUAACGAUUCACGAUCUGAAGUUGAAUCGCUCAAACAACUAUUGUACCAGGAAAAAGAUGAUACCGGACAAUUUGAAUCUGCAGUAGAAAGAGAACAAAAGUUAGUAGAACUUCUGAAAUCUUCGCAAGAAGAAAGGGAAGGUUUGCUGGUAAAAAUCGAACAACUUAACAAUGAAAUUCAAGAAUCUAGGAUAGGAAUUAAAGAAAAAGAUGAACAAAUAUCCCAGUUACGAGAUAGAGUAAGAACAUUGGAGUGUACCUUAGAUGCAAAACAUGCUGAACACAAGCUACUCGAUCAGGAGUUGGCACAAGCUAAGGACCAAUGUAGUGGAAAACAAAUUGAAAUAAAUAGGUUGACAGAUUUGCUGGAUAAUGCAAGAACAAAGAUCAACGAGUUGGAACAAGAUCGAGCACUCAGCGAUAAAUCUGAAUUAGAUGAAUUAUUAGACAAUGCAAGAAAAGAAAAAGAUAGUUUAGAAUCAGAAGUUGCCCAUUUGAAGGAACAACUUGCUAUAAGUAAAAAUGAAAUAGAGAAAUUAAAAGAGCAAGUAUCAAUUCUACAAGAAGAGUGUAAGGUUACUAGAAAUAAUGCUAAAACCACUCAAUCCGAUCUAGAGUACAAAUGUGAAAAACUACUAAAAGAAAAGAAUGUUUUAAAUGAACAGUUGCAAGAAUUUCAAGAAGCUCUGAAUGAAUUACAGGUUCAGAGUCAAUGCCAGUUAGAAGAUAAAAGACAGUUAUCAGCUGUUCUAUCAGAAACUCAGAGAAAUCUUAGUGAAACCGAACAGAAGAAUGCAAUGCUGGAGAAUGAAGUCCAUGAGUUGAAGAAACAGAGAGCAGAAGAGAAUGAAGAAUGGGAAAAAUUCCAAGAUGAUCUUUUAACAUCUGUUAGGGUAGCAAAUGAUUUCAAGACUGAAGCUCAGCAAGACCUUCAACGAAUGAUCAUAGAAAAUAAACAGUACAGGGAGAGAGAAAGACAAUUAAAAGCAGAAAUUGAAAAAUUGAAGGGUGGAACUUUAAAAUCCUCCGAUAAAGAGAAUCAAGAAAUGGAUAUAUUUAUAAAGAGGCCUAAUAGAAAUAAAGACAGGGCGAAAAAAGCUGCAGGUGCCAUCUCCGAAGGUUCAAAAUCAGAUAAAACUUUCACUGCACCUCAAACAGUUUCGGUGAAAAGAAGAGAAAAUAAAACUUUGAAAUCGAAGCGAUUAAAAACUCUCUCCGUGGAAGAAGAAAUGCUAUUAAAUUCGUUACAUAAUUACCAUGCCGAGAUAGACAAAACAAUACCAGAUGAAUUCUUAACUGAAGAACAAAAAGUAAUUAGAAAAUUGAAAAUUAUCUACGAAGAUGACUAUCUUAAAAUUAAACCAGUAGCACCAAAAGCUAAAGAUCAACUGGCAAUUAGUAAACCACUAUUAGAUUCAGUUCUAACAAAUCCCAAGCUUAUGGAAAUUCUCAAAAAUCCAAAAGUAAAAACCGUCGAUGAUAUGGCCACAUUCGAAAAAGAAGCACCAGAAAUCAGAAAUAUCAUUCGAGAAAUAGAUAGAAAUACUAAAGGCAAAAGCGAUAGCUUAGCUUCACCUAUAAACCCAAAACGAAUAUCUAUAAUUGGUAGAAGUAUGAGCGUUGAUCAAUUACAUCAGUUAGAUCCAAUCGAUACUAAUUUAAAGUUAUAUAGAACAGUAGAAACAGAAGAUUUAACUGAAGAAGAAUUACCUUUAAGUAUAGAACAACGUGUAUCGAGUUUAGUACCAAGCGAUUCUGUUUCAAAUUAUAAGAAAAGGUACUCAGAUUUUGCUACAGUUGUUAACAGCCAAGCCAGUAUUUUUAAUCAGAAUGUGAAAUAUUCCACACUAGAAAAAAUAGUAAAAUCAAUACCAAAAAAUACGCCAGAAUCGAAAUUAACUAAAGAACAGCAAUUCGCCUUAAAACUACUUACUGCUUUGGAAGAAAGAAAAAACACUUUAAAAAAAUCUGAUAAAGCUAAAACUUUACCAAUAAGCAAACCAACAGAAGAAUCAGUACUCAGGAAUCCGAAACUAAAAGAAAUUAUAUAUGAUCCUGAUAUCAAGGAUAUUGCUAGACGAAAAUCUGAUGUACAAAACCAAACUCAUAAGGAACCUCCAAAACUUAGAAUAAGUAAAAGUUAUGAUGAUAUUACUUUUUCUUUUGAUGAAAAAUCUCAUGUGAGUAUGUACCACAGCCCUAGUGAUUCUUCACUAUCCAGCGCCGAAUUUAACAUAGUCACCAAUGAAGUAGGGCCAUACAAUGAAAAUUCUUUCAAAAACACCUUACGACGUUCUCUUCCAACUCCAAACAUUCCCCAAAACGUAGAAUUGGUCACUUUUGCAAGACAAAAGUCUGUAGAUAAAAAUAAAAGCGUAUGUAAUGUACAAGAAGCUGAAAUCAUUAUUCAUAAAGUUUCUUCGAUGUCAGAAAAGGAAGAUACUAGACCAAACCAAGAAAAAGUACCAUGUAAAACUACGGAGAGCCCUGUCGACUCUUUAAUGUAUAAUGAUACUUUAAAAAAGAAAUUUGGAGAAGUGGAAGGAGAUGUAACAGUAGAUCUUUUGCAACAAAAAAUAAAGAAGGUCACAGAAAAUAACAUUAGUAAUAAAAAUAUUACCACUGCCGAAAAACCCAUUGUUAUGGAAAAUAUUACUACACCUAAAAGACCAGUACUUAAUUUUGCAAAAGUGGAAACUAUCGCAGUUUCAAAAGUAGAUAAACAUGAUUCUUUAAAUUAUAAUGAUACUUUAGAAAGAGCUAAACAAAGAGGACCAUAUAAAUUGCAACAACAAGAACAGAAUAAAAAUAGCUCUCCUGUUUCUGAGGCUAGUGAAGCUAUCAAAAAUAUUACUAAAAAAUUUCAAGUGAUUCAGAAACUUAUAGAUGAAGAUAGACAAAAAUUGGAUUCAUUCAAUAAAGAAAAAGAGAACAUUAAUAUAUCCAAUACCGAGAAAUUUACAGAAGAUAAUGAUCCUGCGAUUGAAAGAAAUAUUAAUAAGUACCAAGUUGACGAUCAUGAAUUAAACGACGAUAUAGACGGAGAUAUUGAUUAUGAUUAUCACCAGAUAUUAAGAGAAAAUAGAGCCGGAGUAACUUCACCUCUAAAUUACCGUUUAAGCUAUAGAGGCGUAGUAAAUGAAAUCAAGAAGAGGUUUUCUACCGAUACUUGUUCCACCGAAUCUUUAGAAGAGGAUAAUGAAGAUCAUAAAUCAGAAUCAGAUAUUGAAAUAAGAAAUAAAAGUACGGGAGAUAUUGAUAAAGAAAUGGAGCAUAUUUUUGAACAUUACUUAAAAACUAGAGUAUCUCAGGUGAUCAAACAAACCGAAGAUAAACCAAAUCAAAUUAAUUCUACACCAAUACAAACAGAAGUUUGUAUAAUAGAAGAUAAUAGUUAUAAUUCUAAUAAAUCGCAUCCCGAGGAGAAAAAAGAAACGAAAGUCACGCCAGAAUUGAUAUCAGAUAUGAGACAAACUGAAAAUGAGACAAAUAUUACUAAUAUCUCUAAAUUAUCACCAAAAGAACUCAAAUUUUCUGACGAUUCUUAUUUUGAAUUAAAAGAUGGACAAGUGACAAAUAUUAAAUUAUUUGAUGAUAUAGAUGGAGGAAUUACUAAACAUUCAACUGAAAAGUAUGAACCUAAAUUUAUUUCGAAGCAUUUCCUUCUAGAAAAAAGACGUGUCCAUCUUCAUCCACAAGAAGUUUUGCCUAUUACCGACAAUAAAACGUACAAGGAACAACAUUCUAAUUCAAAUUCAUUAUUCAAAGAAACUAAAAAAUCUCACUCCCCUUUAAAACAGCUUAUCGAUUUUGAACCAUUAGAAAAAGCACCAGUUUUUCCAAUAUCUUCAGAUGAUAGCAACCUUAAUAUAGAAAAUAUACCAAACGUAUUGUCGGAACAAACAAAGAGUGUGUCUGAAUUUUCGCCAUCUAUUCAAAAAACUGCUAGCUUAAGUGUACAUAAAAUAUUAACUGACGAAGAGUUGGAUAUAAUUCGUAACGUGAAAAAUCAACCACAUUCUCGACCUUUAUCAGAAAUUAAUGAUGAUGAUCUUAAGCUUAUUCAAUCAUUAACUUCAAGUUAUUUAACUGGUACGGAAUAUAAAUCAGAUACAGUUUCUGCUGAAGAUAUUAUUUCACCUGAAACUGAAAAAUUUCCAUCUGCAGUUUUGAAGGAGAAAGAAAUGGAUUUGGUUAAUAUUUCCAAUCAGCAAUAUUCUAAUCCAGUCAUUCCAAUCUCUGAUUUAAAUCAAGAGGAGUUGGAUUUAAGUAGUAAAUUAUACACUCAUAACACAGAACUUCGUAAAACAGCAGAUCCAAAUAUUAUACAAACUGUAAAAUCGAGUAUACACGAAAAACCAGUCACCUGUGGUGAGUCUGAAGAUGAUAAUAGUAUAAGAUACAAAGACAAAGUCGAAAAGUCUUCAAAUGCACCUUAUAAAAAUGACGAAAAAUUAUUGAACAAACUCUUAGACAAAGAAAGUAAUUCUGUAGAUGUAUCAAUAACACCACCAAUUCCUGAGACGAAUCAAAAAGUAAUCAUCAAAACGUCUGAAGUAUCUGAUCGAAAAUCUGAUGGUCUCAAAAUAAUUCCAAUACUUCCCAGAACUAGAGAAAAAACUUCGUCAAACGAAAAAAUAGUAACAACUAGUGAAGCAGAUAAUGCCGAUGAUUUAGAGACACUACUUGGAAAAAUGAGCUCUUCAAGAAAUCGAACUGUGAAGAAAAAAAUUCACAAGACUAUGGAUUUGAAUAGACUACCAGGAUUGGAUAUUGAACAAAGAGAAAAACUCGAGACUACUAAUAAAUACGAAAUAAAUAGAGAUCCACCUAAUACCAAUGAUAAUUUUAAACUGGAGAAUAAAGGCAUUGCUCAUAUCCUAAAUAAAUCUGAAAAGAUGGUACCAAAAGGAAAAAUUAUUACUUCGGAUAUUUCUAGCCCUACACUAAACGAAGCAGGUACCUUAGAUAGGAAUCAAGAAAGACACUUAAUCUUAUAUAGAAAUAAAAAGUCAGUGCCAAGAGAGGUUAAGAGUCUUCAUUUUGAACCCGCAAUUACGACAACAACAACAGACAGUCUAAAUAGACCCAAAUCCGCAAUGGGAUUUACAAAAAACGAUAAAAAAGUCAAAUCUUUUGCACAACACUUUGAACGAUUGUCCCAACAAAGAUAUAAAAAACCAGAUCCAGUUUACGCAAACAUAAGCUUCCUAUCAAGAACGCAGCGAUCGAUAUCGCCAUUGUCAAUUAGAAUAACUGAGAAGAAGCCUUUACCUGUACCGCGUUCUAAAAAUCAAGUCGACAAAGAGUCCCGCACUCUAACUGACAGUUGUUCAUAUGACAGUUACGUUGUAAUGGAAAAAAUGACCGAGGGAAAUAAAAAUUUAAGUGAAACAGGUCAGGACGAUGUUGUCCAAGAAAUUUCAAGUACAUUAGUCAAUAUACCUAGACAAGAUGGACUUCCCUCUGGUAUCGAAAAACCAGAACAAGAUGAAAAAAAAUUGCUUGAACUAGAAUCUCAGAAUCGUGUUUUAAGUGAAGUUGCAGACGCAAUUCGUAAUGAGGAGGAAAAUGCAACGGGACUUGAUUUGGAAUCGAGUAAAUUAGGUAUCAAGAAAUCAGAGAAGUUUUCUGAUAAAAUGGAUUUGCCACCUAACGUCGAGAACGUGCCGGAGAAGGCGGAUGAGGGACGAGCAGCUACCUCAUCCUACUCUGUGAUAGCCGUCACAAACACUGCAGAAAAACUAGAUAUUCGAAAUCCUUCAGAUGCAGCUAUACACACUUCGCACAAUAAAUCUAACGCUUCAAAUUUAAAUCUCAUAAAUCUCGAAAGCCUGGAAACUCAAAGUUUUGACGAAACUCACUCAGGUGUAUCUAAAACAACUCCAGAAAACAAAUUGAUUGGCGAAAUAAAUAAACCGAAAAUGGGUUACGACAUUACGUAUUUAGGAGAAGUAAGUGAUACGGAGAGUUUUGACGAUCCAAAAUUGUCACUUGAUGGCGAAGAAAACAGUUCAAAACCAAAGAUUAUCGAUUUUGUACCCCUGGAUGAUGCCACAAAACCGUUUUUUGCGAAUAGUAACAACAUUCCCGAUUACAAUACUUUAGAAAGAGAAAAAGUAUAUCACGUAUUACAAAGUGCUUCUGCUUCUAAAGUUAAAUCCGAAGAAGUUGAAAAAAUUGCAGAUGAUGCAAAAACUGAAUUGAAACUUGAAGAUGAUCAAGUCAGUAAUGAACCAAUAAAAGAAGUUGAUAGUAAAUCUGUAGAAGAAAGAAAGGAAAAUCGAAGUAAGGAAUAUGAAGCUGACCUAAAUGUCGAAUUGGCUGAAAGUUUGAUAAUUGAAAAACCCCAUAAAGAAAACUUGCCUUCAACUCAUAGUAGUUAUAAGUCUGAGGAGAACAAAAUCACAUAUUCAGCUGCAAAAAAGGUAUUUCAAGAAUUAGAAGCUAAAAACAUCACAAAAGUCGCUUCUAAAGAUAUUCCACAAAGCGAAAGUGUGAAAUCAAGUAUUGAUAUUUCAGUCACAAGAAAAUCUACUACAUCAACAGAAUCCAAAUCCGCUGUCAAUAAUAAUGAUGAAGAAACGACAGAAGAAGAAAUUGAUAAAACAAUUGAGUAAUUCUGUUGAAAAUGUGCCUGGUAUUGUUAUUGUUAUUUUUUAUUCUUUAUCAAGAUUUAUAUAAAAUAUUAAUAAAUUAGAUGUGUAUUUUCUAAAAAA